AUGCCGUCCGCGCCCACCAUGGCACUGCUGCUGUUGGGCACCUUGGCGUUACUCUACUGUGUCGCCGCCACCGCUGCGACAGCGGACGAUGCUGCAGCUCAGGCCGAUGCGCCGGACUUGUCCAGUGAAGAUGCAGCCCGGGCUAUGAAGGUGCUCUUGAAGAAGAAGAUGUCUGUGGUGAUCAAGAAGAAACCACACCAACAGGGUGGCCCAAGGCCCCAACUUGAACCAGAUGCCUUGCAAGUCCAGACACCCCCACCUGGAACAACCCUCGCGGAAGAUCCAAAACCUCCCCAAUCUGAUGAAAGUGGGAAUGAAGCAGGACUGCAGCAGACAGAAGAACCAGAACCCGCUGAAGAUGUGACAGACCCGGAGGAACCCCAAGAACCAGAAAGCAUUGUAGAUGAGACAGAUCCAGAAGAGGCCACAGAACCAGAACUCGACGCAUCUGCUAUCGAAUAGUGAAGAAGAUGUGCUGGGCUUGACACAAAUACCCAUAAUUACAUCACCUCCUCGCUCCACAGAGAAGUCUUACCGAUUUAAGUGGUAAAUAAAGUGUGCUACACAGCAACAAAGCACUAUUCACUUUCACAGGAGGUAUCAAAACAUUGAAUUAAAUUCGAAAAUAGUGUCGUGAUGUUUCUAUCUAUAGCAGUGACUAACAUCGACUGUGCUUCGCUGCUGAAGUUGAUUGGCUGGACCAGUCAAAUUGUCAGAGAGUCAAAGUAGGUAUAGUUCCAUUUCAUUAGUGAAAGAUCCCUCAUAUACAGUACAGGGGGAGGCAGCAAUAAAGUAUUGAACAGAGGUGCUUACUCUAGAAUGUUACACAGCAUAGAUGAAGACAGUGGUCUGAUACCUAGGAAGAGGUUUUUUUUGUCGAAACGAUAGCAUUCUGUCGGACCAGCUGUCACUGGAUGGAUGAAAAUAUACCUUUAUCUUCCUUCCGCUACUGCAUAGUUUCAGAUGUGAAGCUAUUUUCAAAUAUUUGUAUGAAAUAUGUAUCAUUAUAACGUAAAUAAACAUCAAAAACCAUUGGUUGCAUAACAGAAAUAGUAACAUGUGGAAGUACCAAUCAAAAUGGAUGUAUUUACAUUAACAUUGAUAUACUCAUCAAUUAAUGCAGUGGUAGAAACGGAUAGUAGUUAGUAAUAAAAUUAAACAGACAUAAUAAAAGUGGUAGGCAUUUAGUAAAAGA